GCUCCCGUGAGUCUGCGCGGGAAGUGGAAAAGCGCGGAUAAGGAGUGGCGAGGCAGCCUGGGUGUCGUCUUCUGCGCCAGUGUCUCCGGUCUUUGCUGGUCACGGCCGGCGGUCCGACUCCUCCGCCGCCGCCAUGCCCAUGAAGGGCCGCUUCCCCAUCCGCCGUACCCUGCAGUAUCUUGGCCAGGGGGACGUGGUAUUCAAGGACUCGGUGAAGGUCAUGACGGUGAACUACAACACGCACGGGGAGCUGGGCGAGGGCGCCAGGAAAUUCGUAUUUUUCAACAUACCUCAGAUCCAGUACAAGAACCCCUGGGUGCAGAUCACGAUGUUUAAGAACAUGACGCCAUCGCCCUUCCUGAGGUUCUACUUAGAUUCUGGGGAGCAGGUCCUCGUGGACAUGGAGAGCAAGAGCAAUAAGGAGAUCGUAGAGCACAUCAGAAAAAUUUUGGGGAAGAAUGAGGAAACCCUCGAGAAAGAGGAGCAGGAGAAAAAACAGCUUUCUCACCCGGCCCACUUUGGUCCCCGAAAGUACUGCCUGCGGGAGUGCAUGUGUGAGGUGGAGGGGCAGGUGCCCUGCCCAGGCCUGGUGCCACUGCCCAAGGAGAUGACAGGGAAGUACAAAGCCGCCUUGAAAGCCACUGCCCAGGACUGAGGUGCCAGGAAGGCUCCUGGUUCUGUCCCCAGAGACUCUGAAAACUUUUGCGAUCCAAAGGUCCCCUUUACACACCUGUGUAAAAACCACGUGGGGGGAGGGGAGGAGUCGGGCUGCAGCCAGGCUGCUCAGUGAUCUUCCCUGCGCCCUCAGAGCAAUAAAAUGCUUUAGGAUUGCUCA